AUGCCUAAAAUGCUUAGAUCACCGCCUUGUGAUACUUUGCGAAUUGCCUCUAACCCUGAAUUAGCGUCCAAUAUCACACAACGAGAAAAUAAACGGCGCCGAACUAGCGACGCUGAUAGCGAAACUGAAAUAGUCUCUACGGAUGCUAUUAACGAGCUCAAGACAAUGCUGGAAACCUUUGUUAAUAUUCAAAAUACAAGAUUAGACAAUAUAGAAAAGAAACUAGCACUUGUCACAAAUCAAAAUGUAAUCAUACAACAAACCAAUUCGGAAAUAGAAAAGUCCAUAAAUUUCGUCUCAGACAGAAUAGAUAACCUGCAAAAAGAUGUCUCCAACAUAGAAAAGGAUCGCAAAGCUCUUGAGUCACAAAUAAACACAAUAAAUACCAAAUUCGACGCCUUGGAGAAAUACAUUCGCAAGACGAGUAUUGAGAUACGUAAUGUUCCGAAAAUAAGAGGUGAAAAUAGGGAGACUUUAUUUAAAUAUGCACACACCCUAAUCACGAACUUAAAUGUAUCUAUGGAACAAAAAAAUCUUCGUGAUGUUUAUCGUCUGCCAAGCAAGGCUGAUGCAACAUCCUCCACAAUUGUAGCUGAGUUAGGGAGUAGUCUACAUAGGAGUCAGGUAAUUGAUGCAGUAAAACGCUAUACUAAAGACAAUCCUAAAGACUCACUUAACUGUAAUCAUAUGGGAAUUAUGAAUGUUAAAUCAUCAAUUUACGUAAGUGAACAUCUGACAACAAAAUCUAAAAGACUAUACUUUCUUGCAAGAGAUAUAGCCAAAACUAUGGGUUACUCAUAUUAUUGGACGUCAAACGACAAUGUGUACUUGCGCCGUAAAGAAGGAGAUCCACACAUUCUCAUAAGAAACGAAUCCCAACUCUCCGAACUUAAAAUACUAAGUGACUAG